AUGGAGACUUUUUCACUUGGUCCUGGUCUUACUCUAUCAUCUGUAACAGAAACAAUUGGUCUUUUUAAGGAGGAAUUGGAGAAUGCAAUAUCUGUAAAGGAAACUCAGCUGAUCGGCAAUGUUGCUUUAGGUCUUGAGGUUGGCAGGGAAGAUGUUUCUAUUCCCAUUCGAAUCGUCUCCCCAAGGGAACCAGUUACAGGAAAUUCAGAUGAAAAUAAAGAUAUCGAUCCAAAUACUCUGAAGCUUAGUGGGGAUCAAGAAUUUCAGGUUAAUGCACAAAGUCAAGCGGACCCACCUGCUGCUAAUGAGCCAGAUAAUCUUAAGGAACUUUCAGUUGAGGGGAUCUGGAAUGAACCUGGCACGCCCCAUAGUUUAAAUGGAAUAUCCUCUUAUGAGGAGUUCUUGGAACAUCUGGAUCAACAGCUCAACAAAAUGGAAGCAGAGCUUGCCACAGUAUUAAGGUUCUCAACUUUGGUACUGGAAGGUGACGAGAAGCCGAAAAAUUCAAAGUUGCAGCAAACAGUGGAGAUUCUUGGUGGUAUUCGUGGCAUCAGAGGGAGAAUUGCAGGUAUGAUGCAGUCAAAAGUGAGAUAA